GAAGACUGGCCACCAUGCACAGCUCCUGCAGUCUGCUGCUGCUGCUGCUGCUCCUGGCGGCCACCGUGGGCCCCGCCGGCGCCCUCAGUGACGAUGAGAAGCGCGCGAUGGUGGAGCUGCACAACCUCUACCGGGCACAGGUGUCCCCUCCCGCCGCGGACAUGCUGCAAAUGAGGUGGGACGAGGAGCUGGCCGCCUUCGCCAAGGCCUACGCGCAGCAGUGCGUGUGGGGCCACAACAAGGAGCGCGGGCGGCGCGGCGAGAACCUGUUCGCCAUCACGGAGGAGGGCCUGGACGUGCCGCUGGCCAUGGAGGAGUGGCACCACGAGCGCGAGCACUACAACCUCAGCGCCGCCUCCUGCGACCAGGGCCAGAUGUGCGGCCACUACACGCAGGUGGUCUGGGCCAAGACAGAGAGGAUUGGCUGUGGCUCCCACUUCUGUGAGAAGCUCCAGGGUGUUGAGGAGAUCAAUAUUCAAUUGCUGGUUUGCAACUAUGAGCCCCCGGGGAACGUGAAGGGAAAGAGACCCUACCAGGAAGGGACUCCGUGCUCCCUGUGUCCCUCCGGCUACCGCUGCGAGAACUCCCUCUGUGAACCCAUCAUAGGCCCGGAAGAGGCUCAGGAAUUGCCUCACCUGGUAACUGAGGCCCCGUCUUCCCUGGCAACUGAAGCUUCAGGCUCCAGGAAAAGCGGUAUCCCUUCUUCCCUGGCCACGGAAACCACAUCCUCCCUGGUAACGGAGGUCUCAAGCCCCCUGGCAACCAAGGCUCCACCUGCUGUAGAAACCGAGGCCCCAUCUUCCUUAGCAACGGAAGAUUCCCUCUCCAUGGCAACAGAGUCUCCACCUUCCUUAACAACUGAGGUCCCUCCCUUUUUGGCAACUCACAGCCUGUUCUCCCUGGAUGAGGGGCCAGCUAUCUUCCCCAAAUCGACUCAUAAUCCCAUCUCCAAAUUGGCAGACGAAGAGGCCAGCAGGACAGAGAGUUCUCUGCACCCCAAGGUGUUCUUGACAGGGACACGGGAGCCGCUACCCCACUCCCAGAAGGUGGGCAAGGCUGAGGCCGAGUUGUCUCGUUCCAGUGAGGUCUUGGCCUCAGUGUUUCCAGGCCAGGGCAAGACAGGUGAGCUGCCGGCCACACUGGACCACACGGGGCACACCUCCUCCAAGUCCCUGUCCAACUCCCCCAAUACCUCUGCCACCGCUAAUGCCGUGGGUGGGCGUACCCUGGCUCUGCAGUCAUCUUUGCCAGGUGCAGAGGGCCCUGAAAAGCCUAGCGUCAAGUCAGGGCUGACCUCGGGCCCUGGUCACAUCUGGGGCCCCCUUCUGGGACUGCUUCUACUGCCUCCCCUGGUGCUGGCUGGAAUCUUCUGAAGGGCUCACCACUCAAAGGAACUGCCAGACUGCUUUCCAAAGUGGCUGCCCAUCGCGCCUGCGCACCAGCAACGUAUGAAGAUUCCCAUUUCUCCACAUCUUCGCCGACACUCAUAAUCUUCUUAAAAUUAUAGCCAUCCUAUGUGUGUAGUAGCUCAUUGUGCUUUUGGUUCUCAUUUCCCUAAUGAUGCCAAGCACAUCUUUCCGUGUGCUUACUGGGCUUUCGUCUAUGGAGAGCGGUCUAUUCAAGGCUUUUGCCCAUUUUUUAACUGGGGUACUCGUCUUACUGAGUUGUAGGAAUUCUUUAUAUACUCUAGAUACAAGUCCCUUACCAGAUAUGUAAUUUUAAAACAUUUUCUCUCAUUCUGUCAGUUGUCAAUUUUUCUUUAGGAUGUCCUCUGAACACAAGUCUUUAAUUUUGAUGAAAUCCAAUUUAUUUGUUCUUUUGUUGCUGUGCUUGUGUUGUAUCUAAGAAACCACUGCCUAACCCGAAGUCACAAAGAUUUACGCCUAUGCUUUUUUCUAAGAGUUUUAUGGUUUCAAUUCUUGUAUUUCAGCCUUUGAUCCAUUCUUAGCUGAUUUUUGUAUGUGGUGUGAGGUGGGAGUCUAACUUCAUUCUCAUGCAUGUGAAUGUCCUGUUGUCCAAGCACUUUUUGUUGAAGACAAUUCUUCCUCCAUUCACUGUCUUGUUGCCUUUGUCCAAAAUCAACUGACCUCAAAUGUGACUAUUUCUGGACUCUUGAUCCCGUCCCAUUGAUCCAUAUGUCUAUCUUAUGCCAGUAUCACACCACCUUGAUUCCCAUAACUUUUUAGCUAAGUUUUGAAAUUGUCAAGUGUGAAUCCUGAUUUUGUUCUUCUUU